AUUUAUGAAAAUUCAAGGUGUGCUAUUUGUAAAAUAGAAUGGUUGCCGAACGCAAUCUUACGCCGUUAAUGCAAAUGCUUCGCGAUCGGCUCCUCGGGCGGAAGUACGUGCAAGCCCUGAGGUUUAAGCCGAAGUUGGCUCCGAGGAGCAUCCCUGAACCGAAUCUUCCUGGCGGUGUGUCGCAUAAGCUAAGUUCGAAUUAUUACUACACCCGAGAUGCUCGCAGGGAGGUGAAGGCGCCCUUAGUUAUCGCGGACAACGUUUCAACCGUAGCUGCUAUUGGAGCUGGAGAUGCUCAAAAUGCGUCAAAAACUACGAGUGUUUCGAAGUCGAAGCUGGGGAAGCCUGUUUUUCCUGGCCAGCUGUACUCGGGGAAAGAAGUACCUUCAGAGCCAGCUCCCAAGACGACGUGAAUAUCAGUUUAGACUGAGAAUUCUUCUGUGCAAUCCUUUCGCGCUAGAAAUUUGCUCUUGUAUUUGAAGUGAUCCGUGUGCGAAAUUAGUACCGUGUGUAUAAUAAAAGAAAAGCGAAACUCCUCGUGACGAGUUCUUCUUAA